AUGGCAACACGACGACUUCGACGACUUCGCCCCGAUGAAUACACUGUCGGGUGGGUGUGCGCGCUCUCAACCGAAUUAGCCGCAGCAGAGGAGAUGUUGGACGAAGUACACGAAGAUAUUGGAAGGGAUGAGAACGAUAACAAUAUAUAUUCUCUUGGGGUUCUUGGUGGCCAUAACAUCGUCAUUGUCUGCCUUCCAGCAGGAUUGAUAGGCAGCAACCCAGCAGCGGCAGUGGCACAGCAAAUGAAGGCGAGAUUUAGGUCGGUGCGAUUUGGACUGAUGGUCGGUGUCGGAGGCGGGGUUCCCAGCACAGCAGAUAUCCGUCUCGGAGACGUGGUUGUCAGCCAACCACAUUCAGGCCAUGGCGGCGUGGUCCAAUACGAUUGUGGAAAAACUGAAUCCACUGGAUUCCACCGGACUGGGUUUCUCAAUUGCCCAGAUACACUUCUACUCAACGCGGUUUCCAAAGUAAAAGCAGAACAUCUCCGGGGAAAGAGUACGUUCUUAGAACAUGCCAUGAAGGUUCAUAGGAUGCCAAACUUUCGGCGUGGUGAUGCUGGGAUUGAUGUGUUAUUCAAAGCAACAUACGAUCAUCAGCCAGGUCUGAGCUGUAGCCAGUGCAGUUUGACCCAGCGGGAAAUCCGGCCCCAACUUGGGAGGAACAAACCUCGAGUGCAUUAUGGUACAAUUGCAUCUGGUAAUCAGGUGAUAAAAACGGGACAGAUAAGAGAUCAAGUGAGCAAGGAGUUUGGAGGUGUUCUCUGCUUUGAAAUGGAGGCAGCUGGGUUAAUGAACAUAUUACCAUGUCUUGUUGUCCGAGGCAUUUGUGAUUAUGCAGAUUCACAUAAGAAUAAGAGAUGGCAGCCUUACGCAGCGGGCAGUGCAGCAGCAUAUGCAAAGGAGCUCCUCCUGCAUAUACCAGCAACCAAGAUCAGCAAAGAGAAUGACUCAUCUACGAUCUCGAUUGGGUAUUCUCUUUCUCGGGGCCGCCGUGGCUCAGAGGGCCACAUUGCCAGUGACUGUGAUCGACGAGAUGGUAACUGCUAUAAAUGUCAGUAA